AUGUUAUGGCUUCGUACACAGAGUAGAUGGGGCAGUUAUUGGUGCUCGUUCUACUAGCCUAGAACCCAGAUAUUGACAGCUUUAGACUUAACUUUACAAAAGCAGGUUUUGAAGAGCACACAGUCAUGUUAUCGCUCAAGAGAAAGAUUGAACGGGAACUGCGGGAUGAUGUUCAAGUGCGGUUUCAACGGGCCGAGCAAGUGACCUCGGAGUUGGUCAACCGCCUGGGACUGGAAAAGGAGCUUGAGGGCCAUGAAGGCUGUGUCAAUUGCCUUGAGUGGAAUGAACGUGGAAGUAUGUUGGCUAGCGGCUCUGACGACCGCCAUGUGAUCCUGUGGGACCCAUUCAAACACAAGACGAUCACAAGCAUCCGCACUGGUCACCAGGGCAACAUUUUCUCAGUCAAGUUUUUACCUCAUUCGAACGACUCUCUGAUCGUAACUGGGGCAGCCGACCAUCGCAUCAAUGUGCAUGACUUGAAUCGCAAGGAAACCACUCACGUGUUCACCUACCACCUGGGUCGUGUGAAGCGCAUCGCCACAGCUCCGAACAUACCCUACAUCUUCUGGAGUGCUGCGGAAGAUGGAACAAUCAUGCAAUUUGAUCUGCGGUGCUCCAGCACCAGCACUACGGCCCCCAACAAUGUCCUUGUGAACCUCAACGCUCAUAUGGGCCACAACACGGAGGCCAAGUGCCUGGCAAUCAACCCCUUGCGGCCGGAGAUGUUGGCUGUGGGUGCCAAUGACCCGUAUGUUCGAGUGUACGAUCGCAGGAUGCUUAACUGUAGCAACAUGAAGAUCCCAGUGGAUUCUGUGAGCAGAUACCCUUGGGAUCACAGUCGUUUGGAAGACAUGGAAGGAGAAUCUUACGACUUACCGGCCGGCAGUGCACAGUAUUACAUCGCAGGACACUUGCCUCAAAAACAACAAGACAACAAACGGAGGUACCGUUCAUUAGCAUCCACCUACUUGACCUUUGGCCCGGACGGCUCUGAGCUGCUAGUGAAUUUGGGCGGGGAGCAGAUUUAUCUGUUUGACAUCAACAACAAGAUUCGGCCACACCACUUUGACCUGUCACUUCUCAGUUCCAAUGGAUUUGUCAAAGAGGCCACAGCACCUACAAAUGGUUUCAACAUGCACGUAAAUGGUACCAAUGGGGUGUGCAAGACCAUGUGUUCCUCCUCCUCCUCCUCAUCCUCGUUACCAGCGUCUUCCUCCUCCCAUUCCUCUCACACCUCCUCCUCCUCCAUCCCUCCCUCCCUCUCAUCAUCCUCCUCCUCCAGCAGCAGACACUGUGAUCGCAGCGACAACCCUCACGACCUCCCAAACAAAAGGCAUAAAGGAGAGUCAAAGCAGCUCAGUCCUCUUGUUGAGAGUUUGAAACGACACGCCAAUGACCUUUUUGAGCAAAAGGAGUACAAGCAGGCAAUAGAUGUGUACAAUCAGGCCAUCGCUAGGUGCAACACUGCUGCAGUAUUGUAUGGAAAUCGUGCAGCGGCGUACUUGAGAAGAAAAUGGGACGGAGACUUGUACGCUGCCCUCCGAGACUGCUACCAGGCCCUGACCCUUGACCCCUAUCACAUGAAGGCUCACUACCGUCUGGCCAGGUGUCUGCACGAGCUGUGUUGGAGUCAGGAGGCCUUCGACUGUCUUGUCCACUUUAAGCAUCGGUUCCCUGACCACGCCAAGAGCCACUCUUGUGAAGCGCUGGAGAGAGAAAUCAAAGCGGCCAUUUUUUCACAAGUGCAAGAUGCGGAAGAGAGCAGCGAAGGUCGCGGGGAGGACAGCAUGCGACAUUCAAGCCCUCGGCUAGAGUCGGAGUCAGAGAAAGACUUGCAGAAGAAUGCUUGUGACUACUCAUUGAGAUUCUGCGGACACUGCAACACUACCACAGAUAUCAAGGAAGCCAACUUCUUUGGCAGCAAUGGCCAGUACAUUGUGGCCGGCUCUGACGAUGGAUCAUUCUUCAUCUGGGACAAGAAGACCACCAACAUCAUGCGAGUACUGCGUGGCGAUGAGUCCAUAGUCAACUGCCUGCAGCCACACCCGUGUUCCUGUCUCCUAGCAACCAGUGGCAUUGACCACGUAGUGCGCUUGUGGAGCCCUCGGCCAGAGGACGGAAGUGAGAAUGACAGAGAGGUCAACAACAGCGACGAUGCAGCCUUAGCCAAUCAGAAACGCAUGAAUGCCGACCCAGUGGAGGUGAUGUUGAUGAACAUGGGCUACCGAUUCACCGGGUUUCUGGACAUGGAUGAGGAGGAAGGUGGGCAGGGAGAUGGAGCUGCCAACUGCCGCACGACAUGAAGUGACAGCGAUAGCCUGACUUGACACUGACUUUGACGAUAAGAGGUGACUGUGAUGACCAGAUGUGACACUGACUUUGACAACAUGAGGUGACAUGAACUCUGAUUACAUUGUAAAAGUAAAGUAUAGUAUUUCUUUACUUUUACUUUACUAGUAAGUGGGAUGGCACUGUUAGUACUGUUCGUGUAAUAAGUGACACACUCUGACGACAUUAGGUCACAAUGACAACAUGACAGAGCUCUGACAGCAUUGUGAUGACAUGACAGUGUUCUGGUGACAGGAUGUGACACUGACAACACAAGAUGGCAGGGACAUCGUGAGGUGGCCCUGAUGAUGACAUGAGGCUGGUCUGACAAUUCUGACACGAUGGACAUGAGGUGGCUCUGAUGAGCCCCGACACUGCUGUGAUUUUUCAAACUGAUGUUUUUGUAUGGUGUGACUUUUGUGUUGAAUUACACCAGAGCGUAGCUGUGUGACUGGAAUAAUGAUGUAUUUCACUGUUUGUAUGAGGAGAAAGAUCUGUCCAGCUCUCUAAGAGUGUGUGUCCUGCCACUUUCCUUCCUAGUGGCAUUUUAUUAUUAAAGUUCAGGGGGGGAAGUAGUACUCCGUUGCAAUAAAACUGAUUUGUCAACUUGGUGGUUCAGGUAAAAGUGAUCAGUCCACCUUGAGGAUUGUUUUCAUUUAUUCUGUACUUGUUACUGGUAUUUUAUUGCAAGUAAGUAAAGAGAAGAAACGGGGUCAAGCACUGGAAAAUAAGUAUAUAGAACAAGUUCUUUCCAUUGGUUGUAGUUGUAAUGAAUCUGAGAAUGCCGUUUCUGUUUCUACAGUGAAGUGAUGAAAAGUGUUCUCGAUUUCUUAACUCUUGCUGUUUUGCUACUGUUCAGUCAAGUUAUUUUCACAAUGUUCCAGUUCUACUGCUUCUGUCAGUGCUGGCUAAUGUUUUCCAAGGUACGGUACAAAUUCAUGCCAAAAACUGCUCAAUUUUCUGCAGACUGAAAAAAAACAACCCUUGCUUUCCUUCCAAGAGGUGGAAACUCGUACGUCUCCUUUAUUUCAGUCUAGCGGUAGCUUUAGCUGUCUCAUGGGUUCCUUUGCAAGUUUUUACUUUCUUUCAGUUUCUGUGUUGAUACAAGGUGGUGCUUGGUAUGUAGGCUGAUUGAGUAAUGAGUGUAAAGUGCUGUGAAGUCAUUAUUGUUUGCCAGAGGCUGUAAGUGGUACAAUCUUGCUUACAUUUUAUAUGGAUGCGCAAGGGUUUGCUUUUUUUAGUUUCAGCCUGAUUCACUAGACUCCAAUUAGGAUUUUUUUUAAGCUGACUGUUUCUAUUGUAUUAUUUGUUCUAGACUUAUUUGUGUAACCAUUCAGUUUUUGCUAACCAACUGAGUGCUUGGGUGAGAUAGGAAGUGUUGUUUGAAGUUUGGUUGUUUUUUUGUUGGGUUUUGUAUUUUGUUGGGUUUUUUUUUUUUUGGGGGGGGGGGCAGACUUGGUAUAGUUGAACACAGAUAACUCAGACAUGCAAAACUUGAAUUCACGGACAGCCGGAACAGCUAUACUGUGUUUAUAUUUGCAGCACUGUUUUCUUGAACUCCUUAUCUCAAAAAGCCCAAUCAAAAAAUUUUCUAACAAUUUUCUCGAAUUGAAAUGUCAGGAUGGAAAACAAACGCACCUAUCAUCAUCAAGAGUAUCAGGUUAGACUUAGAUGAGCCCACCAGGCUCGUCCCCCCUACAGCAUGAUACACAUACUGCUGGUAUCAAGACGUAUUAUGGCAUAUGAUAAUACAUAUACUUAUAAGGCAUUGGAACUUCUGUGAAUCUAGUCAUGUGAGGGUGUGUCGUGGGGUGUGAUUGAAGACAGUUUGGUGCUGCAUUGGGCUGUAUGGUUUGUGAAUUGAUUUUGCACUUGUGUGUAUGUAGUUGUUUGAGUGUGAAAGUAUAAAUAUUUUGACGUGAUUACACAAGAGGGGAGGGUAGUGUACACAUGGUCAUGAUGGUGAUCUGGAGUAAGAGCAAUUUAUUUUUAAUAGUAAGGCUCAUUAGCAUCACUCUCUUCCUUUCUUUGACACCUAAAAAGGUGCACACACUAUCCAUUUUCAUAUAUCCUUUUAUCGAUCAAUAUAAAAACACUAGUACAGGUAGGCCUACUUCCCUUGAUUUUCUAGUGUAUCUUUAUCUUUCGUUAUCAGUUUAUUUGAAUUACGGUUGUGUCGAAUAAAUUUGUCAACCCCUGGAUGUGUUAGAGGUAUCUAUGCUCGACUGUAUGUUUGUUUUCAAGUUACAGGUUUGUGAGAGAGAUAACCCUGAGCAUAUGAAUUUUGAUGUCUGCCAUGCAGACCAUAAUAUAAGUAUAUAUAUGUAACACAAGUACGCCUAUCUCUUUUAUGUCUGGGAGAUAAAUUCUGAUAAUAAGGGUAUGAAAGAUUUGUUAGAACAACAAAAGAUUCAAAAGAAUGGCCUGUGAAGCAUUACAAAGUUCUUAUUAUUUGGAUUUUUUUUGUUGUGUAUUCUGAUUUUUGUUGGGUUUUCUUAAGUUUUGUAACAUGAUUUUUGUGAGAAAAUGCUUUAUUUCAAUUUCAAAGCUAGUUUGUAUUUGCUGCUGCUAUGUCUUCAGUUUUCACCACAGAUGGUUAUGCUUGUCCGUAAAUAGUUAUCUCCCAUCACCAAAGAUGCAGGGGGCAGGGCAGGGGAGAAUGUCAAUGGUCAGGUUGAUCAUGCCAGAAUACUUACUUGAAAUCUUGGAAGUUGUUGGGGGGGGUUUUCUCUGAUCAUGUAGGUCUACAGUCUAAGUCUGUCAACUUUGCUACAGUCCGUGGUCUUUUCUUUGGGGACAAAUUUCUGCCAUCUACAUAUUGCUGCGAGUACACUGAGUGGUGUUCAUCGAAUUCACAAAGGCUUGCUAGUAAAUAAAAUAACAGAAAUAAUGUUUCAGUCGUAGCUUAAAUCAGACACAGAGGCCUCAAACUCCAAAUUUCCUUAGUUAAGGGCAGCUGCAGGUAUAGCCUGGGUGAGUCUGGCCCUCAUCAAGUAUUCCACAUUUUAAAAAAAAAGUUUCAAGUACAUGUACUGGUCUUUUUUUUUAUAAGGGUACAGCUGAUCUGUUCAGCUCUAAUCUUAUUCAGAGCAUUAAAGAACAUGAACAUUUCAUCUGCAUCAGUCUCUUUGAGUAAGGUUUAGUCUCCCCAUAUCCUCCUCUCUAAAUUUGGCUGUGAUUUGUGUACAGUUGUUUUACUUGCCUUCAUUUUUGUCUGUGGUUGAAUUAUUUUGUUUUCAAAGCAUUGUUAACGCACUUUCUUUUAAAAUUUGUCAUAUUUCUUGGUUCACAAUCACAUAUAUUAUUUUAUGUGUGCAAUUGCUUCUUUGUUUUUUAUCCUUUCAUGAACUUUAUAGUUAGUAGACCUAUAUAUAUAUGCACCUUCUUGAUGAACUCGACACAAGACCUGCGUGCACAUUCAUCAUCAACUUGAAAAUGUAUUAGAACCAGGUGUGUAUUUGUCAUCUUCCCUGCUCAUUUCUGACCAUUUUCCAUAACAUUUAGCUAACAUCAAAUCUACGCUCUACUGUUUUAUGUUUAUUUUGCAAACGAACAUGAUACACUGGAUGAGCAGAAUAGUUUUUAAAAUUUUAUUUAUUUAUUGCACUGUUGCUUGAUUUUAGUGUGCUUGUGUAUUCUAAGCAUUGUUAAGUUCAAGUGUUUUUGUUUUUUGUAGGGAUCAUUACAUUUACUCAUGUUGUUUGGAACAUAAUGUUCUGAUUCUGAAGAAAAUCAACAGUAAGGCCUGAACUGAACUACGGUAAGAUCGAUUUGGGUUAUUGCUUUUGUGAAAGUAAUUGUGACAAAAAAUAAUUACAAGGGUCUUACAUCAACUCUUUUAGUCCCAUUCUUUCAGACUAGUACUAGUACCUAUUUGGCAUCCUUUGUGUUAUAGAUCUCAUUUUAACAAUGUGCAAGUGAGUGUUGUAACUUGACAUGUUUUGUCUCUGGCCCUGUGGAAAUCAUGGAAAAUAUGAUAAAUCAUGACCCUUGAGGCUUAAGUUUGUCAAGUAGUAGAGGAAUAAUAUAACGUUGUACGAAUGUUAAACCUAAUUUGAAACGAAAUUCUGUUUUGUUUCAAAUUUGAAAAAAAUUAACUUUUCAUCCGUAACCUUUGUUCAAACUAAAAAUGUUUGUGUAUUUGUAGAAUGUACAGAUAUCAAUAACGGACUAAGAUGAAAAAGCCAAUUCAUCCAAGGUUUGCACAAAAGGUACCGUAUACAAAGUUUUUCAUUCAAACAACAGUAUAGCAUAGUAUGUAGCGCUUGUAAAUCUGCGAAAAUUAAUAGGCUGGACUGAUGUGCUGCAAAGUGUUUCAACAGGAAAAUGUCUCUCACGAGUAGAUUUCAAAGCAGUUUGGGAAGAAACUUUGGUUGUCCUACCAUUAUUACCAUUCAACCCAAGAGAUGUAGACCCUAGUGUGCAGUCAUUCACAGAAGUUUUACAACAGUGGGGUUAUUCUCAGAAACUUUAGAGCACAGCAGGGCAAAGUUGAUCCAUGGUGAUGCUGGGUUGAUGGAUGGAUCUCUUCAUAAUGCAGUUAUUGUUUGGAAGUGAUGAAUGGAUGAGGAAAGAAGGAAAAAUAUCUACUAGAACUAUAGUGAGAAUGCUUGCACUGAGAACAUUGAUGUAUAUAUAUAUUAUAAAUAUAUAAAAACACACACACUGCUGGAGGUCAAAAUGUGACAUAUUGUUUGCUAGAUUAAAAUGUGUGUGUGUUUGUGAGAAGAGCAGGUCAGCAGCCUGCAGUGUUGUAAAAUUCAAGAUGUACACUCACUCUGUGUUACUGAAUAAAAACCUGAACUAUC